AUGUCUUCAUCUGUACCCUUGACGUUGUUUCCUUCUGCCCAGCAGCCUCAACCUCGCAAGUCGAGCUUGAAGAAACCCAGGACGUAUACGCCUCCCUCAGUAGCUUCCAACGAGCUGAGAGGUGUCGCGGUGCGAGUCAACACUACAUCGACAACGCCCAAGCUCGUCGUUCAGCCGGCUACCGAUCAAUUCAAGCAUUCGCUGUUCUGCGAGCCAUCAUCUAAUGGACAGCUAGCCGCUGCACGGGACUUUUCCAGGAAGACUCGAAGGAGGUCGUGUGAUGGUGGCAGCAUCAAUUCGGCAAGCCCACUCAUCGACAUGACCACGCCGGUGUCUGCGUCCGAGGGCAGUACUGCAGGUCUGCCUGUCAGCUCGAGCGCGAGCCAGACCGAACCGACAAAAGGGCAGCUGCAGCGUUCACACAUACCGGCCAGCAUAUCCACCCCGCCACAACCCGGUCCAGACACGCUUGUGAGCCCAGGCGGCGACACAGUCUCUCCUCUACCCGACAGACUUCUAUUCUCGAACACGUCGCCCAGACAGGCCGAGUUCCCGGCGACCAAGAAGUCAAGGGCUGGAAGCCCAACACCAACACUAGUCCGCAGCAACAGCACAUCAAGCACUGCGGUACCACCGUACAGCCCGCCUGCCGCAAGGUCGAUUUUCCCACAGUACGAUCCAACAAGGCCUCUGCAGGAGCAAGACUACUAUCCGAGCGCGCGCGCGCCGACCCCGACAUUGGCUCCGACGUUGGCAUAUGAGAGCGCCAGCAAGCUCGAACACCAAGUCCAGAAAGCCCAGACGCUACGCCGGUUGGACUCCGGGGUCGCACUGGUCGAAGGCUAUCAACACAUUCCUUCCGCCAAUACCCACGAUCUAUGCGCCAUCUGGAACGCUUCGCACUGCAACUUCCCGGUUGAUGGCCGCAAGGUGCAGCUUGGGCUGCUGCAACCGCUCAACAGAGGUACUACCCUCGCCAUCGGGACGACCAACGGCGAAGUGCUGUACUCAAUGAACAAGGACACAGCACCAGCGACGGCGACAGCGACAGGGAAAGGCUCGAAGUCGUUCAAGCAGCUUUUCAUUGGCAGACACAACCCUCAGUAUCGUGAUGCGCCGCCUUCCCCGGUCGCACAGCUGGGUUUGCCCGAUGCUGUCAAGCCAAGCAAGGAGCGGGAGAACGAUGUGGUCACCAUCUUCCCGCAGAUAGCGGCGGUAAAGGCCAUCGAGACGGUAGCAAACUCACCGGUAGCUGCAGAGAUCGCCACCUUCGACCCUUCGGCUACAUCUCCUGAAGCUGCACGGCUCGCACAGGAUGCUGUAUCAGAGGCGCACCGGCGAUAUCGAUGCGAGCUCGUCCGAGCCACCAGGAAACGCGACAGUCUCGGCGCCGUCACCGCGUCCUACAAGCUGGAACACCCUCUCCUCUCGUCCUUCGCCAUCACCAUCACCAAGUCCACCGCUGGCCGCCACUCCCGCGACCCGCGAGCGAAGAUCAGCCUGCACCACCCUUCCGCCACCCCAGCAGCCGUGGAAGCAGAAACGCUUGUUCUAGCCUUCCUCGACUUCGCCCACGAUGCCUGCGUGCUCGACGUACCCGGUCUUCUCUCCUUGGAAGGCGACUACAUCAUCGACACAGUCGUCUGCGCCCUCCUCGCCGUCGCGGUCAUCGAGAACGACGCGCUGAUGCAGGAAACACUCACCUUCGACGCUCCACCAACGAAGGCUUUGCCAAUACCGAAGCAGAAGUCGCGCAGCACGUCGAGCACUUCCAUCGACACGACGAAGGGCAAGAAGCUCUCACGCAAGGAGAAGAAGCGGCUAAAGAAGGGCGAGAUGGGGGAGCAAGUUGAUCUACCGAUGGUGACGCAGGGAGCGUUGGCGCUGUUGAGCUUUUCGUUCAAGACGACGGUGUUCUUGCUCGAGGCGGGGGUGAAGGUGACGGCGGGGUUGGUGAUUGGGGUUAGUCAUUUGGCUAGUAAGGGGAGUAAUAAGUGA